GUUCGCCCGAGGUUUAUCAGAUGGGCUUCCCAAGUUCGUCAAGUCUGAAGGAGUUCUUGGAUACCAUGAUGAAAUUUGUAUCCUUUGAGACUAUUGUGGAGAUGAUGUACAAGUAUGCCAUCCCAACCCCAAAAGAACAGUGCAGCAAAACUUUGCAGCUUGGGGUGAGCUUUGCUGGCGGAUAUGUGGCUGGUGUAUUCUGUGCUAUCGUCUCACACCUUGCUGACAAUCUGGUGUCUUUCCUCAACAAUGCCAAGGAUGCAACUGUCGGUAAUGUGUGUGAUUUCUUUGCAUAG